UAUAAUACGGCCCCUAGUUUGUUCUUCCACGGCAUGUCCCCAAUUCCCAUUCAUCUAAACAAACUAUUCUCUUCCAAACCCUAACCCUAACCAACCAAAAUCAACGAUUAUCCGUAUCAAUCAGCUUCAAUUCGCACUUGAUCUCAUAACAAUCAUGCCGAUUUAGCUCGUGGAUUCAUUCAGAUAUGGCGACAUCGAACACAAAUCAGCAGCUCGCGCUGGUAGUAUCCUCCAACACUACGACGUCGUAUGAGGAGUUGUUGGAGUCUCAGAAAGAACUGAUAAGCAACCAGAUCUGUGAGCUGCAAAACAUCGUUUCCAAACAAUGCAAGCUUACCGGUGUCAAUCCGUUAUCCCAAGAAAUGGCAGCAGGGGCUCUUUCAAUUAAAAUCGGGAAAAGACCCAGAGAUCUAUUGAAUCCCAAAGCAAUAAAAUACAUGCAAUCAAUUUUUUCUGUUAAAGAUGAAAUAAGCAAGAAGGAAAUGCGAGCAAUUAGUGCUCUUUUUGGCUUGACAGCGACGCAGGUGAGGGACUUCUUUAAUGCUCAACGCGCAAGAGUUCGGAGAUUUAUUCGAUUAUCUAGGGAGAAAGCGGUCCAGUCAGCAGAAAGUGUGCAACAGCAUGACGAGUCAAUGAGCUCUAAUGUGGACCCACCUAAUAAUCCAGUUCCUUUGAACGCUGUGGGCCCAUCAAGUAUCGAAGCACCUUCUUGUUCUGCACAAGAUGAGGUUUUACCUGAUACAGACGAGUCAGAGAAGUAUUUUAUUGCUCAUAUAUUUGAUCUUCUGCGGAAAGAAGAAACAUUUUCUGGACAAGUCAAAUUGAUGGAAUGGAUCUUGCAAAUACAAAAUGCUUCAGUGCUCUAUUGGUUUUUGACGAAUGGAGGUGUGAUGAUCUUAGCUUCAUGGUUGAGUCAAGCAGCAACGGAAGAGCAAACAACUGUUCUUCAUGUCAUUCUCCGGGUCCUUUGUCACCUGCCAUUACAUAAAGCUCUCCCAGCACACAUGUCAGCAACAUUGCAAAGUGUCAAUAAACUUCGGUUUUACCGAAAAUCAGAUAUCUCAAACAGGGCAAAAAGUCUAUUGUCUAGAUGGAGCAAAAUGUUUGCAAGAAGUCAAGCUAUGAGAAAACCUAAUGGUAACAUAUCCUCCGUUGAUGCUCAGAAUGAGAUGCUACUGAAGCAAAGCAUUGGUGAAAUUAUGGAAAAUGAAUCACUGGAGUCAAGAAUUGACAACCCUGGAGCUAUAUAUUCAUUGCAAGAGAACCCUGAAAACUCCAGGUCACAGUCCAUCAAAUUGCUCACAGGGCCUUCGGAUGAUUCAAAUAUGAAGCUCCUAAGAGGUGUAUCUUCAUCUCAUACCAGGGAACGUAGAAAAGUACAGCUCGUGGAGCAACCAGGCCAAAAACCAGCUAAUCGUGGUCCACAAGUUACCAGGAUUGUUAAUGCAAACCAGGGGCGUCCACUUUCAGCCGAUGAUAUACAGAAAGCCAAAAUGCGGGCCCAGUUCAUGAGGAAUAAAUACGGGGAAAGCUACAAAAGCCCUCAUGUGAAAACUGAAGUCUCGCGGGCUAAAGCUCAUGUUCAUCCUAAAGUUGAGGAAGAUCUUACUUCAUCUUCUAGCAUGACAUCUGUAACCGCUAAACCUCAUGUUCAGCCCAAAGUAGCGGAACACAAGUCACCUGUGAAGCGCGGGUCAGGUGAUGAAAUACAGGCGCUUCUGGUGCACUGUAAGGAAAUAAUGGACUCAGAGGAACCUGUGUGGAAGAAGUGCAAGAGGUUGCAGAUAUCAUGGGCGGUCCCACCGGAAAUGAAAAUCAAUAAAGAGUGGAGUGUGUGUUCUGGUGAAAACAGCAAAGAAAUCGACGUCCAAAACAACCGAAUCAAACGUGAAAAAGAAGUUUUCUACACCACACCUCUUGAAAUCCCACCAAAUCCCAAAGAACCAUGGGACCGAGAAAUGGACUAUGACGAUUCACUAACACCCGAAAUCCCUACCGACCAACUUCCCGACGAGGAUGACAGUAUGGUGGCCCAGCCCGCAGAAAUGGCCGGUGACCAUACAAGCAAUUAUGCAGCGAGUACAAGUACACUGGCCGAAAAUAACAAUAGGAACAUGCCUGGACCUGAUCUCGAAUUACUAGCAGUGUUGCUUAAAAAUCCGCAAAUUGUAUUCGCACUCACUGCUGGUCAAGGUGGGAGUUUGACCAAUGAACAAAUGGUUAAGCUUCUUGAUGCAGUCAAGGCUAACGCGGCAAGUGGUGGCUCGAUUAAUACUCUUGUUAAUGGGUUAGUUGAAAGGAAAGCAGAGGAAAAAGUUGAAGUUUCACUACCAUCUCCAACUCCCUCCAGCAACCCUGUAACGAGUGGAUGGCGGACGGAAAGUGCUAAAAAUCCAUUUUCUCGACAAAGUGUGACGGUUAACGGUGACCCUUAUGCCAUUCCAGGAGUUUAUUAUCAAGAAACAACCCAACCUACGGUUGCUCCGAUUACACACCAGAGAUUUUCCAAUUUGGUCCCUGACCGUGGAAGCGUUCCGGCGGCCAUCAAUGGGCUGCCGACAGCUAAUUUGACCCAACAAGCCAUCUCUCCGGUGGUACAUCAGAGGUUUCCCGAUAUGGUCCCUGACCAGAGGAACAUUCCGGCAGCUGGCCGUGCAUUUUCAAACGCCUACUACUUGCCGGAACACGGUGGGUCCCAAAUACAGCCUCAACGGCAAGUGGUGCCCGAGCCCCGGUUAUCAACGAUUCAGUCUUGGGCGGGCCAGGAAAGUUUAGCGUCGAGUCCGUACUCUACUGUGGAGCCUAGUACGACAUACAAUACAUAUGGCAAUACAUAUGGUACAAGAGAAUUUGCACAAACAGGCCCGUCACUUGCGGGUCCAUCUCGUGUGAGAAACGGAGGAUACCGAGACGGGCCUGGGUUUGAAUCUUGGAGCCCCAACAAUAGUCCGGUUAGGUCUCACGAAUAUGUUGAUGGUUGGGAAUAUUCAGACCCACAUGGCCGAAUUUACAAUCAUAGACCAGAGAUGUCUAGAAUGCAACAUGAUAUUUCUCGGUAUCGAGAUCAGGGUGGUAGGAAUGGUGGAUCACACUGGCGGGAUAGGAGGAGAUGACUUGGGUAUUAUGUUUCGAUGGUAGGUUCUCACGCCGGUGAUUGGUUUCCAGUCAUUAACCACCUGAGAUAUUUUUGCUGCCAAAAAAAAAAAAAAAAAGAGAGAAAAACAAUUGAAAACUAUUAAGUUUGUAGGUAGGCAUUUCGGCUAGACCACUAAAAAAAUUCUCAUCUCUUGAUUGAUUUCUAAGGCCAAAAGAAAAUAAACACAAGUUUGGGCAUCAUUAAGUUAAAUUGGUUAGAAAGAAUUUGACCAAACAUGUAAAAUUCCACGAAAGUAUUAAAGAUCUCAAUUGUAUUGAACUAACUAAAUGGUUAUCCAAGUCGAUUACACAAAUGAUACUUGUAGUAUUUUCAUGUUGCAA